AUGAAGCAUUCUCAUAUUUUACCAUUGUGUUUAUUUUUCCUUACUUUAUUUCUUUUAGUUCAAGGUAGACAUCAUUCACAUAGGAAACAUAAGCAUUCACAUUCUCAUAAAUCAAAUAAAACUUUUCUUUCACAACCUCCACCUUCUCCUUCUCCUCCUCCUUCUCCUCGUGACAAUGAUGAUGGCUACUACAAUAAUAGUGCCUAUGGAAUUUUUGAUGUAAGAUCAUUUGGUGCUGUUGGAGAUGGAAUAGAAGAUGAUACAGACGCGUUUAAGACGGCAUGGGACACUGCAUGUCAAAAUGUGUCACAGGUUAAUGUUAUUCUUGUUCCUCGAGGCUUGUCCUUCGUCGUUCAGUCUACUAUCUUCACCGGUCCUUGUCAAGGUUACCUAGUAUUCAAGGUGGAUGGCACCGUUAUGCCACCCGAUGGACCCGAUUCUUGGCCGAAGAACACCGGUAAGCGACAAUGGCUGGUUUUUUACAGGAUCAAUGGAAUGUCAUUAGAAGGAAGUGGUUUAAUAGAUGGAAGAGGACAGAAAUGGUGGGACCUUCCUUGUAAGCCUCACAAGGGAUCAAAUGUAACAGCAUUAGGACCUUGUGACAGUCCAAUUGCUAUAAGAUUUUUUAUGAGUUCCAACUUGACAGUGCAAGGACUAAAGGUGAAGAACAGUCCUCAGUUCCAUUUCAGAUUUGAUGGCUGCAAUAAUGUCCAUAUAGAUUCAAUUUACAUUACAGCUCCAAAACUAAGUCCUAACACUGAUGGAAUUCACUUAGAAAAUGUCAAUGAUGUGAAAAUAUAUAAUUCUGUGAUUUCCAAUGGUGAUGACUGUGUCUCCAUUGGAUCUGGAUCCUAUGAUGUUGAUAUAAAGAACAUUACAUGUGGACCUAGUCAUGGAAUUAGCAUAGGUAGUCUAGGAAACCACAACUCCAAAGCAUGUGUAUCAAACAUAACAGUGAGAGACUCAAUCAUAAAAAUGUCAGACAAUGGAGUUAGAAUCAAGACAUGGCAAGGUGGAUCAGGAACAGUAUCAGGAGUAACAUUCAACAACAUUAACAUGAUUAGUGUAAGAAAUCCAAUCAUAAUUGACCAAUUCUAUUGCCUAACCAAAGAUUGCACCAACAAAACCUCAGCAGUAUUUGUUUCCAACAUUCUUUACACAAACAUCAAAGGAACAUAUGAUAUAAAAAGUCCUCCUAUGCAUUUUGGUUGUAGUGAUUCUGUCCCUUGCUCCAACAUAACUCUCUCAGAGAUUGAGCUUCUUCCAUCUCAAGGAGAUAUAGUUAAUGAUCCUUUUUGUUGGAAUGCUUAUGGAGAUUUGGAGACAUUAACUAUUCCACCAGUUUCUUGUUUGUUAGAGGGAACUCCUCAAUCUUUGUUGGACUAUGAUGCUGGUCAUUGUUGA